UCUCUGACUCCAUUUCUUAUCCACCCGCGUCGUCGCCUCUCGUCUACUCCUCCUCCUAUCUCUCAAUUCUCAUUCCUUCCCCCUCUCCUGCCACCAUGGAGGAGAGGAUUCCAGAGCCGCAAGAUCCCACCGCCGACGUCGCCGCUGACGUGCUGCCGGCGGAGGCUUCUUCCAGCGACGUGACGACGACGGGAGUGGAGGAGGAAUCUGAUUCCGAUGGGGAGUUCGAGUUCGAGUUCCCCUUCGUCAGCAGGGACUCCCCCGCGGGCACCGCCGCCGUGGCCGACGACCUGUUCGCCGACGGCCGCAUCAAGCCGUUCUACCCGGUUUUCGGCCGCGCCGGCGCCGGAGGAGGAGGCGAUCGCCAGCAGCAUCUGGCCAAGGACGACGCUGCGGCGACGGUGCCGCCGCGGACGAGGGGCCCGCUCGGGCGGCUCUUCCUCGAGGAGUCCCGUGGUUCGUUCGACAGGUGGUCCACGUCCACGUCGUCGUCGUCGUCGUCUUCCGCGCCGGCGUCCGACGAGGGCGGCCUGGACGGCGCGCCGCCGGAGAGCUACUGUCUCUGGACGCCCGGCGCCGGCGCCGGCUCCGCCUCGGCAUCGGCCUCCCCGCGCCCGCCCAGGAAGAGCGGCUCAACGGGGUCCAUGGCGCGGUGGCGCCGCAUCAGCGAGCUCGUCGUCGGCCGCAGCCACAGCGACGGCAAGGAGAAGUUCCUGUUCCUCCCCAUCCCGCCGCCCAGUAGCAAGGAGAACGACGUCGAACACUUCAAGCCCAAACCCAAACCACCCAAGCCGACGCCGGCAAGCGGCCGCAAGACGGCACAGGCCGCCGCCGCAGAGAUCGACACGGUCGCCGCCAUCCACAGGAUAGCUUACGGCGCUAAGGGCGGUGGCGCCACCGGCACCAGCGCCGGCGGGGGCACGCCGCGGCGGACGUUCUUGCCUUACCGGGAAGAGCUCGUCGGCCUCUUCGCCAACGUGAACGGCAUCAGCCGCAGCCACCCGCAUCCGUUCUAAUUAAUUUUACAGUGUUUGGUUCUGCAUAUAUUGAUAGUCAAUUAAUCACGUGAUUAGGUUAAUUAAUUACGGCUUAAUGUGGACUAUGAACAGUGUGAAGUCAGUGACUUAACUGGCCUUUGUCUUUCUCGGACAGAGUGUGAACGCCUACGGGUGGCGCGAGAAAAACCUCCAUUAGACAAGGUUUUGUACACCCGAGUUUGUACAUGUGCAAUAGCAAAUUCAUUAAUUUUGUGAGAGUGACAUUUUUUUAUUUUCCGUAAAUUAAUAUUUACCUGUUUUUACUA